AUGAUCGGCGGAGGAUGCUCUGGUGCUUUUGGUGCUGCCUGCCAGACCAACUCCCUCUCGACAGCCGACCAGCAGACGGUGGUCAAGACACUUUUCGAUGAGAAUCUUGGUGCUCUCUCCAUCCUUCGUAACAUAAUCGGAUCCUCCGCUGGAGCCACCAUCCUUUCUGAGUGCCCUUCGACCCCUGCUGGUCCAUUCAACUACUCGUUUCCCACCUCCAGCAACGAUAGUUGCCAGUUGACUCUAGCUCAAAAUGCACUUCAAUACAACCCGGACCUAUUCCUGUAUGCGGAUGCCUGGUCUGCCCCCGGAUGCUUUAAGACUACCGGUCAAGAGGCUGGCGGGGGGUACCUUUGCGGUGUACGAGGCUCCAAUUGCACCGAAGACUGGCGUGAGGCGUAUGCGAACUACUUAAUCGAAUAUAUCAAGCUCUAUGAGCAGCGUGGUAUCAAGGUGUCUAUGCUAGGCGCAUAUAACGAGCCUGAUUUCAACCCUUUCACCUACUCUGCCAUGUUGUCCGAUGGGUACCAAGUUUAUGACUUCCUCUCAGUCCUCUACCCUAUGGUAAAGAGGGCGUUCCCCAACCUUGCCGUGUCCUGCUGUGACUCUACUGGUGCCCGUCAACAGCGCGAUCUCCUGUACGAGCUCGGUCGCCUAGGCGGGCUCAAUCUGUUCGAUAUCAACACCUACCACAAUUACCAGUCCGAUAUCAAGGUGCCUUUUCAAGAUCUCCUACACAAUCAACCCACCAUCGAGAUGGAAUGGAGUGACGGCGGCUCAACAUGGACUCCUACAUGGGACAUCUCAGGUAACAACUUCGAAGGCUUGCAAUGGGCUAUCUACAUGCACAACGCGUUCCGCAACAAUGUCGCCGGCUGGUCCCACUGGUGGUGUGCCUGGAGUGGCGGCGAUGCUGCCCUUGUCAAUGUUAACGGCGACUCCUACCAAAUUGCUGCCCGCCUCUGGGCCUUCUCUGGUUACUUCCGCUUUGCGCGCCCGGGCGCUGUGCGCAUCCAUGCUGAGACUAGCGUCGAGGACUUGUAUAUCACUGCUUGGAUGAACACCAAUGGUACCAUUGCCAUCCCGGUCGUCAAUGCAGCGCACUAUGCAUAUACACUGGAUGUGCAGCUGUCCGGCUCGAAGGUUUCGCAUGCGGUCGCAUACUUGACAGAUAAUGAGCAUAAUGUGACAGUGGAUAAUGAGUUCACAUUCAAGGAAGGCAGAUUCACAGCCCAGAUUGAGCCUAGGGCAAUGAAGACAUUUUUUCUAGACUUCUAG